UUAGUCGAGGGCGGGCGCCCGACCCGACUAGUCGCAUUUACCUAAUUCGACUAAAAAUAUACGUAAAAGUGCUACGGGCGAUCUCCAUUCAAAAUUGCUAUGGCUACGAUGAGUUGACAUGCAAUUUACGCGUUCGUAUACAUCUGUUCUUUCAAAACAGCUCUGAGCUGAAAUGAUGUUUGAUAUAGCAUCAUGGUUGACGAGUAUGAUGAUGAUGAGCCCUUCAUUUAUCGACUGAACGACAAUGGAUCUGGUCCCAGUCUCCUUUUGAAAGUUUGUGGGGAGCGUGGUUGGCGAAUGUACCAGGGUUACAACACUGGCGAGGAGAAAUGGAAUCUCUGGUGGAGGACGAGCGCCUUCCCCACCGCCUGCUACAAGACUCUCGGUGAUUGGCAGUUUAUGAACCACAUUCCUAAAGGCGGGUCCAUAUGUCGCAAGGAUAAUCUGUCAAGACUCCUGCGUUGUAUGCGGAGGAUCUACGGUUCUAUAUAUGAUUUCAGCCCGCCAUGCUUCCACCUACCGCUGGAGUACGCGAAGCUAGUGUCGGAGUGCUCGCGACUCCGGCGCAGCGAUGACGGCGCCGGCGCCAACGUGGUGUGGAUACACAAGCCCGUCGCUAACAGCCAGGGCAGAGGCAUCUUCCUGUUUCGGAGUAUCUGCGACAUGAGAUGUGGGAGCGCGGCGGUGGUACAGAGGUAUAUCGAACGACCUCUGCUCAUAGCUGGAUACAAGUUCGACCUCCGGUUGUACGUGUGCGUGCCCGGGUACCGACCGCUAACUGCCUACAUGUACGCCGAGGGACUUGCCAGGUUUGGCACCGACAAAUACACGUUGUCGGACAUUCACAAUCCGUAUCGACACUUGACGAAUUCCUCUCUGAACAAAUCUGGCCCGAGGUACGCUGAGUGCAAGGAGAGAAUCGGCAGUGGUUGCAAGUGGACGUUGAAGCAAGUUCGGCGGGCGCUGGUGGGGCGGUGGGGCGCGGCCGAGUGGCUAGUAUGGCAGCGGAUACGAGCACUGGUCACGCUCACCUUAUUGGCGCAGGCGGCAGGCACCCCGCCCGCCAGGAACUGCUUCGAGUUCUACGGGUUCGAUGUCCUGCUCGACGACUCUUUGAAACCCUGGCUGAUUGAGGUGAACCUGUCCCCAGCGUUGGCGGCGGAUUGCGAAGCCGACGUGGCUGUAAAGCAGCCGAUGCUGCACGAGCUGUUCGACCUGCUGGGGCUGCCCAUGCGCCACACGGGCCUCUCCUACUUGCAGGGGCCGCUCGUCAACCUGGUUAACAGCUGCAGUUCCGAGGACGAGAGCGGAGCGCCGCGCGUGGUACCGGCGCGCGCGCCGACCGCCGGGCACCGCCGCGGCACCCGCCGCCGCCGCGCCAUGCCGGUCAACUGCGUCAACAUACAGCCGCCGAUGGUAGACAAGUUCACGGAAUUGACUGAAAAAAAUAAGGAAAUGAGUAAUGGCAGAUCGUCUAAAGCAGCGUCAGAGAUAGGCAUGGACACAGAUUACCAGUCAACGUCGGGUAUGGCCACAGCGCCAGCGGAGCCGUUGGAUGAGUCAUGGCGCGGCGGCUACGCGACGGCGGCGACGCGGCGACGGAUCAUGAGCGCGUGCGCGUGGGGCAACGGCGUGCGGUGGAACCGCGCCGUCGGCCGCGUCGGACAGUGGGUGCGGAUUUACCCGCAUACUCUGCCGCUAGACGACACGUUGCCAAUGGAAGACGCGCGUGAAAGCGUAUCGCAAGUCUCAAAAUUCGUGCGAUCGGCGCGUGAAGUGGCUCGCGAAGGCGCAAGAGAUGCGCGUGCGCCGCGGGACGAGGAGCGAGACGCUGUUUUUGAGGCCGCAUUGCGCAAGAAACUCGAGUACUCACAAUUUCAAGUGUGGCUCCCACCGGCCUGAUGUGUUCAAUAGUUAUACUAAGCAAUGUAGUUAGUCGAAUAAAUGCUUGCUCAAAUUA